GUGUUUUGACGCUGAGCGCAGCGGCAGAGAGGAGGAGUCGCUCCGUCUACGGUUGGGCCUCUCAAACCUAAUCUGGAUUAGAGUUUUCGUCCGGUCCACGCUCCCAGUAAUCCCAUUAUUCUGCAUUGGGUUGACGCCUCUUUAAGCAAGCGGGAGGAAGAAGCGACGCCAAACGGUGGCGACGUGUUUGGUUUAUUUUAAAGCUGGACUGUUUAUUCGGACACAAUCUUUUUGAGGGAGUUUGGGAGAUUUUGCAACGAAGAGGGGCUGCAAUCAGUGUGAAGUUGAGUGAAUAUUUGUGGCCUGCGCGCGGUCGGUGGAUGGUGCGCAUCUGCGUGUGCAGCACAACGCGCUCUGCAGCAUCCACACUGAGCACUGCAGCCUGCUCUUGAACCACAUUUCAACAUGCCAGGUCCAGCAUCCAAAAUGAUGGACAAUAAGAUACCCGGAGAGGUUGUAACAAGUCUAUAUGCAGUCAAAGACUCCCCGUGCUAGCGCCAUGCUCCAUGUCUUCAGGGACACUGUUUGGUCCACUACAUUCACACAGUAGCUCCUGGUUGACAGCCAGCAUGGAAGACAGCAAUCUCAUCUUCAGCCUGGACGGCCAUGAUGACGGUCCCAUCGUGGCCUUUUCCAAGGACAAACCACAGGACCGGGCAAGCCAGCCUGAUAUCAGCCUGAGGAUGGAUUUGGACCCGAGCCUAGGUCACCACUCCCAGUCCCCUUCCCUGUCUCACUCCCCCUCAUCGCCGGGCUCUUUAGCUGAUCUGUUAGCAUCCUCAGCAGAUAUGCUUGUCACUACCAACCUGGUCAAAUCCUCCUCCACAGACCUGAAGCCGAGGGAGAGCAGCUCCCUGCGAGGAAAACCUCUGCUCAACCUGGUCAAGUCCCUGAGCACCGAGAUUUCUCGCCGGGUCGAGCCAGAGGUCAACCUCUCCAAGUCAGACUCCAAGCUGCAUUUGCAUCCCUGGAAACCGCUUCCCUGUCCAAAAAUCAGGUCUGAAGCAGAAGAGCUGAAUGAGAAUGAUGACUGGGUAUCACCUCCUUCCUCAGGCGGCAUACCCCCCUCUGAACCUCGAGGAAGCUCGCUGAUUGCUGAGCUGGAGGACACGCGGAGGAAGUUCUCCGAGGCCAUGCAGGAUCCACUAAGCAUGCUGAGUAAGAUUAUGGGGGACGAAAGCCCCGGCAGCCCCAAGCAGGGGAGGUUUUCUUUUGCCGGAGACUCCCCGUCUUCCCAAGGCAGCUGUGGGCGAGACGGGGAUAGUGAAGAUGCAGACCUUAAGUGUUGGAGGAGAGCUGAAGGAGAGAACAGAGGUGUGUGCGACACACCUCUGAGAAGACUGCAAAAGGGCUCCUUAACGAAAUCCACUGUCUCUCUAGAACGCCAAAGCCGUGACAGCCAUUUAGAAAUCCAUACUUAUGGAGAUAAGAUUCAGGUGUUGGAGCUCCAGAAUGGGUCCAGAGGGACACAUCAUAGAACUUACACCCAGUCUGGAAUCACAGUGCCAGGCUCAUCGCUCCCUCUUCACUGGCUCUUUCCUGUGGGUCUUCUUGCUUACGGUUUCUUUGUGUUGCCCCUGCCCUCCUAUGUGACUGGUCUGUCAGUGGGGGUUGCUUGUGGCUUUAUGUUGGGUCUGGUGGUAGUGUUCAUGUUUGCUCCACGAUGCUCAUCAGCCAGAAACAAUAGGGGCUCUCGUUUAAGUAAAUCCAGACCCCUGAUCAUGGAUCCACUGGAUGGAGAGCUCACAGAUCCAGAAAUCCUGGAGGGCUGGAUGAAUGAGACACACAGCUACGACCCUGAGACCUUCCACCCCUCCACCACACACUCUGUUUAUGUCACCCUGGAGGACAGCCAGCUGCGCCUAGCGUACCCACGUGCCAACAUCCCCCGGUGGGCAGCGUUUGAUGAGACGUCCCACGAGGCUGCGUUUUUGCGUUUACGCACUUACAAUCUGGCUAACUGUAAGGUGUCUCUGUUGCCGCCUGUUUUGGCCCGCAAGAGGAUCUGGAACAGGAAGUACCCCAUCUGCAUCACUUUGGCUGAAGGAGAGGUAGGGGAGGAAAGUAUGGUUGAAGGGCAGGAGGAGGAAGAAAGGGCAGAGAGACACGCCAUUCAGGACCACCAUCUUCCUGUCACCCUGUACCUGUUUGGCCGCACAGGAAGAGAGAAGGAGGAGUGGUUCCAGCACUUCCUGUCUGCCUCCCGGGCUGCAGCCAAGACCAGUGUAAGCAGGGAGGAGAAUGCAGAAACACCAUAUGAUGGAGACGGUGAUAAAGAAAGCACAGACGAGCAGCACGACUUUCUGGGAGCUACAAAAACAAGAACACUAUUGGAGUACAGCACCUACAUGACGCAGCUGAUUGGCUCGCAGAGCUGCAAUCCUACCCUCAGCCCCUGCAAUAGUGACAAGGGAAGUCCCACAACCCACAAAAAGAUUAACAAUGAAGAGCACGGAUCUGGAGGUCAAGCUGAAGCUGAGCCCAGUGCAGGUUCAGUGGCAGAUGGACACUCUGCUGAAGGCCAGCCCACUUGGGUGAACUCCCUGGUGGGACGAAUCUUCUGGGACUUUCUGCAGGAGAAGUACUGGACCGACCAGGUGGCGCACAAGAUCCAAAAGAAACUCAGCAAGAUCAAGUUGCCAUACUUUAUGAAUGAGCUGACUCUGGCUGAUCUGGAUAUGGGCACUUGUCUACCUCAAGUUCUCAGCACCUCUACACCUACACUGGAUCGCAGAGGCCUGUGGCUGGAGCUGGAGGUGGUGUACACAGGCUCCCUUCAGAUGACCCUGGAGACUAAGAUGAACCUGUGUAAACUGGGUAAAGAUGGAGAGGACGAGGCUCACAGUGUUCUAGAGACACAGCAACUGAGCUCUAAGCCCAGGUUGUGUAUACUGGCUGAUAGUGAUGAAGAGUCAUCCAGCGCGGGCUCGUCCGGUGAAGAGGAAGUCCCCUCGUCUGAGCCACAGGGGUCUCUGGGAGAUAAGAACCCAGUGUUAGCAGCUGAAGGGCACACUGGUGGCAGCACAAGUAGGAAGAUUUUGAGAUUUGUGGACAAGAUAGCGAAGUCCAAGUACUUCCAGAAAGCCACCGAGAACGAAUACAUCAGGAAGAAGAUUGCUGAGGUGUCCAACAUGCCUCUGAUGCUCAGCGUCGAGGUCCUUGAGCUUUCUGGUACUCUGGCCAUCAACAUCCCACCUCCCCCUACUGACAGAAUAUGGUACAGUUUCCGGGUGCCUCCCAGGUUAGACCUGCAUGUGCGACCCACGCUUGGGGAGAGGGAGGUCACCUUCACUCAUGUCACUGAGUGGAUAGAGAAAAAACUCCAGUGUGAGUUCCAGAAAGUGCUUGUGAUGCCCAAUAUGGACGAUCUAUAUCUGCCCCUGAUGACAUCUGGCCUGGACAACCCACCUUCAUCCCACCACUCCUCAAUUCAUUCCUCAUCCCAUCAAUCCUCCAUGGAGGAGUCCCUGUCAGAGUAGUGCCCUUUCAAGGCUACAAAUAGGAUUAUGUCAAUGCAAAAUAGUCAUUGCUGCAGAGAUUGCCAUGAAUCUCUUAUGGAUUCGGAGGCUGCUGCAGCCGGGUACCAGCUUCAUCCUGAGUGUGUUGGUUGUAACCAGUGCAGGAUAGAUGCCUCCUGAAGGCAUGCUGAGCCCAGCAGCAACCUUGCAACUGUGAAAAUGGUGCUAAAGUGCCCCCUGCUGUGAAGAUGAAUGAACUGUAUACCAGUUACAGCCCAUUGUACACCAAAAGGGAACUUUUUAUUUGAUGUCAAUUCUGAUAAAAGAUGCAAAGCCUGUAUGUCUGUACUGCGCAUCAAAACAAGGUUGUUAAUGAUAACCAGUUUUAAAAUAAUGCUGAUUGAACAAACUAUCCAAACAUCCAUUUUCUAAUCCACUGAUACUGUUAUGGGUUGUGAACAUGAGAUGAUAAUGGUAAUCAUGAUUUUCAAUCAAGCUACAAUGGUGCAUGUU